AUGAUCCGCAGAGCGUCCUACACUCCCGGCACCUCCAUGAUGGGGUCAUCCCAGGAGCCCCUCAUCGUGGUGGAGGAGUCCGGUGGGUUUCUAGAGGAGGAGGAGGGCGAGGAUGACUCAGGACCUCCAGACACCCCUCACUCUGGCACUGACUCUCCACAUCUCAACCCCUUCCUGUUGUCUCCGUACCGCGAUAUGCGCAAACGCUCCCUGCCUACACCGCAGUGCACCACAGGCAUCACGGCCAGCCAGGUGAGGAGGCUGUCUGAGCAAGGAGGGGCAGAAGGCAAGGGACCAUCUCCUAUGGAGGCUGCGUUCCUAGCGACUCUCUCCCAGGCCCCUGCCCCUCAGGCUGGAGGACGACGACACUCAGUGGUCACUAUCUCUCGGGCUCCACCGUCCUCGGUCAUCUUUGGCCGCAACCGUCGUGAAUCCAUCGCCGCCAUGGGCCGUGGUCUUCCACGUCGAGACUCCAACUCUAGCAUGACUGGCAGUAGCUUCAACUUGCAGCUUGACAUAAUGGAUAACAUAGCAGAGAUCAAGGCGGCUCGUAAGGUCCGUUUAAAGAUGUGGCAGGAGGACAACCAAGACAAGGUAUGUGAGGUACAACCCAUCGAGGGAGGUCCUUCCUCGAGGUAUCACCAGUAUCCGGGUACUUCUCGGAGGUUUUCUGAUAUAACCGGCAUCUCUCCUGUUCCUCCUGCUAUUCCUCCAAGGCGGAGAGCCUCAGAAAUGCCUCAACUUCCACGAAGGGUUUCCACACCCCCACCCUCGACAUCGGGAAAAGGCAUUGUCUGUUCAAACACGGACCUGAUAUCGAUGCUAUCCUCACUUACAUCAUCGGCUCAAGAAAUCAACAAUCUUUGCAAAGUGGAAGCUUCCAAACAGAGCUCGAUCGACUUAAAACGAUCAAGAUUAAAAGGUUCGAGGUCCAACAGUUUUGAUAUUUCUCUCUUGCCUGAUAGUAAAGGGCAUAUUUCAUCAGAAAAAUCUGGAAAUGAAGCUUCCAAUUGGUUUAUUAGAAGACAUCAACCUAUGGCGAGCAAAAAAUGCUCCAAUGAUAGUGAUCAGAAAGUCAAAGCUAUUGUCACAUUUGCAGAUGAAAAACUGAAAACAGUUAUAGCAGAGAGAAAAGUUGAUGAAGAUACGACUAAAAUCAAAAGUGAUAAGAAGUUAUCGACUGAGAAAGUAGUCUGGGAUAAGCCUUCUGGAUCGGUGGUGGAUCCCAAAGUUAUUGGGAGUGCAAUAGAGGAAUAUCUCAACCUAAAGGGUUCAGAAACUGGCACUCCAACUGUGGUGAAAGAAGAGCCAACUCCAGCGACUCCAAGCAAAACCACAAAAACCUCUUGGUUUGGAUCAUCCUCUAAAAAUAAACAAACGGACGAAGAAGGAGCAACGGCAUCUUGUGAUAAUUCCAUUUGCUCUACGCUAAAAGAUCUCUUUGUGAAAUAGCUAUAAACAAAACCUCCAUGGGGGGUGAAAAUAUAUUUUUUAUCUGAUUAAUAUUUUUAUCAUUGAAAAUAUAUGUAACUUCAUUGAAACUGAAUAUUUACAUUUGGUUUUUGUACACUUUUCACUUUCUUACUUCUAUCUUUCGUGAAAUAUAGAUUGUACUUCUUCUGUCUUAGUAAAAAUAUAAAUUAUUAGAUGAUGAUGAGUAGUUUGAUUGUUAAAAUCGAUUUCAAAUUAACUAAUUUACAAAUAUUUCACAGCCAACUUUAAAAAUAAUGAUUUCACAGUAAAAAUAUAUUUAUACACAGUAUUAAAUUGUUCAUAAUAUGUUUAAAGGACAAACUUUGACAUGAGUAAUGUGUUAUAGUCAGUUCACAAAGAUUUAGGCGGUUUGAGGAAGCUCCUCCACCACUUUUUUCUGCUUAUGUUACAGCUGAUUGGCGUUUUAACAUAUCUCAGCUGUUGAGCUGUUUUUUAAUGGUAGGAUCAAGAUGUGGAGGGGAUUGAUUUCUUCCCCUAAAACCGUCUAAAUUUUGUGAAUGGGGUAUAAUUUCCUUCUCUAAUACUUGAGCUAUGUCUGUU